AUGUCGACCGAUCAGCAUGGCACGCGUCAUGCAUCUUGGAGUGACACUCUCACGGUCAUAGCUUUAAUUUUUGGCGGUUGCUGCACAAAUGUCAUUGCUUUAGAAAGAUUAGUUUCGUUAUGUCGCCCCAAAGAGUGGUAUGCUUGA